AUGGGUAACGUCACCAAGGGUGCCAGCAGACAUGUCCCUCCCUUCGCUUGGCCCCUGCUCUCCUGCGGGCAGGGGAGCGAUUCACACCGGGAGCCGCUGUACAAAGCCAUAAUGGAAGAGGACCGUAGUGCUAUUAAAGCUCUGCUGGCUGAUUAUUCUGUCAAUGAACCACUGAGUGUGUGGAAGGAGCCUUACAUCAUGGAUCUGCUCUCCUUCCAGGUAGAUCAUGCUAACUCUCCAAUCCACUUAGCUGCUAAGUACAGAAAAGAAAGAAGUUUGCAAUGUUUGCUAGAAUCAGGUGCUGAUCCAAAAAUAAGGAAUAACAGAGGCUACACAGCACUCCAUCUUCUCCUACUAAACUUGCCUAGGAGCUGCACAGCUCAGGCACCCAUCUCAGACAAACUCCAGAGAAAUCAACCAACUUUACAACAUAACACAGAAAAGUCUCUCUGUACCUUGCGCAAGGUAAAACAUCAUAUAAAUCCUGAAAUGAAUAAUCACAAAAAUGACAGUCUUCUACAGUUAGGCCAACAGUCUGAAGGCUUUCGAGCUAUAUCCGUUCUCAUUGAGCAUGGUGCCAAUGUGGAUGACACGGACAAGUUUGGCAGGACAGCUCUUCACAUAGCUGCAAUGGCACUAGAUGAACAGGUAACAGCAACUCUUAUCGCCUAUGGAGCAAACAUUAAUUUUCCUAACCCAAAAUGUGGAAGAACUGCCCUUCAUUUUGCAGUGUGCACAGCAUCAUUUAAAGCAAGCAGAAUUUUAGGUACCAAUGUAGAUUGCAUUCGUUUACUAUUAAAUAACGGAGCCAAAGUUAAUAUCCAAGAUCAUGAGGGACGAACAGCUAUUCAUGAAGCUUGCUCAGGUGGCAGAAAGGAAAUAGUUGAUCUCCUAUUAGAGUAUAAAGCAGAUGUGAAUAGCUUAACAAGGGAUGGACAAUCUCCACUCUUUACAUUUCUUCAGCACAGAACAAAUUUAAAGUAUACGGCACUGCUGAACAAGUUGCUAGGACUCUCAUAUCCAUUGAGGUUAAGAGAUGAUCAAGGACAUCUACCCCCUGGACUUCUGUUCUCAGAAUUUCAAAUGCUGAAAGACCGACUUAUAACUUUAUCAAAUAAACUACCAUCUCUGCAGGACAUCUGCAUCUUCACUGUUAGAAGAAUAUAUGGUGAAAAGUAUAAGCACUGGCUCAAAAAAAGACUUCCAGUAAUUGUAUGGAAUUCUUUAUACAAAUACGAGGACUUCUCAACACUUUGGAAAAAUAAGACCAUGAUGAUAACAUGGAUGACAGGAGACCAUGAUGACAGGAAAGCAAACUAA